ACCUCAAGUAGCCCGAGGAUCUCCCAGACCCACUCUUCUCCUGUGAAUUCGCCCUUCCCUCAAGCUCCUCUCCGAAAAGACCAACAAUUGAAUAUCCAUCAGAAGAACAGCAGCUGGAGCCCAUAGAGAGACAACAGAAGGCUGGGACCAGAGGCCCAAGUUAGAGUUCUCAUCGUUUGAGUCCAUCAUUUUCACUUUGGGCUGAGACACCCAUAAUAUGAUACUUCUCUUUACUCAUCUGUAUAAUGGAGACAAAGCUGAUUACCUCUCUUCUUAAAGGAACCAUAGAGUGAAGGUACUGUUCCAGCUCCUGACGCAGUGUUUGAACAAAUGGACAAAAUUACUACCACCGUGGACUCACGUUCUUCUGGGAGACAGGCCAAAACCAAAGAGGUUUCUGAGCAAGACUAUCAUUUGGAGACAGACAGCUGUAAGGAAAGAAAAGAGACUUCUCUUCUAGCCAAGAUGAAAGACGUGCAAGCCAUUCAGGAAACUUCAGUGGCCCUGCAGAGUGAAGUCCAUGAGCAGGAAGAUAAAAUGGAGACUCAAGCACAAAGAGAAGACACACAUGACAGGUAUCCAGUGACACACCGAUCUUUAGUGCAUUUUCUUCCAAAAACGGAAUCAAAUACCACGCUGCCAUUGUCAUGGUCAUUAUCCUAUGAAACACCUCAUAGUUACUAUCUGCCAAGUCCUCAGUUUAGUGGAAUAACUGUAUCAACAACUGAGCAGAAGAAUCCUAAAAUUUCUAUAGUGGGCCAUUCUCAAUCAAUGAAGAGCUUGGGAGCCAACAGCUUCAUAAUGACAAAGGAACAGUCUCUGUCAGUCCUUGCUCCUGAGACAGCUGUAGCUGGAGAAGGAGAAGAUUACUUCCUAUCUUUGUUUGGUGCUUCAAAUAAAUUUGCUGCACACUCAUUCCAGCCAGAGAAAACCUGGGAGCACUUUUCCAUGAUUCUUGAAGAUAUGAGCCAAUCUAGAUCCAGUGCUCUUGGAGACAUUAAAAUAGCUGAAGUAAAUGCCAAGGGUUUGUUUGUGAAGCUCGUUAACUCUUCUCUUGACAAAGAACUGGAGAUUGGAGGUCAUAUUCUCCAGCAAAAUGUGAAUGGACAAACAGUCUCUGUGUACCGCUUCCUUCCAAACAUCCUAAUGCAGGCCAGGUGCACAGUAACAGCUGUCGCCUGGUACACUCCUAUUCACUGGAAGCAAACGUGGGAGAAAAUAGAGACUGACACUGAAUUUGACAGAAGCUCAGUAGAAAGUUUAGCAUCUCAAAGACACAUGUUUCACUGGCCAACCGUUAUAUCUACAGCUAAUGGAAAACAAGACAAAUCAAAAAAUCAGAUGGAACAAGUCAGAGUUUUUCUUAAAAGAGAAAAAGAAAAUCCACCAACUCUUUUUCCUAAUAGCAGUCCUUGGUGCCACAGUCCCAAUGUCCCUGCACAUCCCUACUGUCCUCUGAUUGAACCUCACAAUACCAGCAUGGCUGGAAGCAACUUAGACAGAGAGCCUAGGCCUCUGUCAUCCAGGCCUGAUCCAGCCCAGAUCACAUUUUCACAUCCAGCCUCUGGAUAUUGUUUCUUUGUAAUCAAAUACUGGCAAUUUAACUUGAUCAUUCUUCUGAACUUUCAGAGAAAAAGAAAGGGUUAGGGACCAAGAAAAAUAAGACAUCUGAGUUACAGAAGCAAUAGGCAGUCAACUUAAAGGACCAUAAUAUUCAAAUCUAUAGAAUACAAGGAUACCCAACAUGUCACAGCCAGCCUUCCACAGAAGAGAAGAAGCCAGCAGCAAGCAAGGAAAUGGUCUCUUUUAGAAAAGAUAAUUCCUCAGGACUCUACGGUAACCAUUAAAGAAAGAGAUAAAGCUUGUGGGCACGUUAAACCAUUUGUUUUCUAGGCUGUUCAGACAAACAUUGGUCCAAAGCAAAAUCAUCUCAGUCUUCACUUUGCGCAUAUAAUGUUCCCCAAUCACUAAUUUCAGUCUUUAAUAACCUGCCCAGCUGUUAGGUCUACCAUUUCUGCCAUCUGUGGUGUAUUUUCUAAAAGCACAUUUUGGAAAUUCUGAA